AUGGUACGACUCGAUCUUGGACGUUGUGAGCGACGACCAGGCUCAGGAGGCAAUCGAGCGAUAUGGCUGUUCGACGACAGGGUAUUCGAGUUAAGCAAAAACAUCGAGUAUCAGUUAGCAUCGCAGAUCCCAUUGCCUACAACACCAAACCCAGUUUUCGGCAGUGAACAGAAACCCAUGACAGUCCCGGUGCGUGCAAGACUUCCCGAAAUCGUGCUACCACAUUUCGACGGAAAUAUUCGCGACUGGCCUGCCUUCCGUGACGCGUUUCAAUCACUGAUACAUUCGUCAGAACAGCUGACCGAAUGUGACAAACUACAUUACCUUGCUGCGUCGCUGACGAAGGACGCACGCGCGGUGAUCGACGCUUUGGAAAUUACAUCCAAAAACUACGACGUAGCCUGGAAGCUGUUGUCUGAGCGCUACGAGAACAAGUACCUCAUCGUCAAAACCACCGUUGAGGCGUUAUUCAGCAUAUCACCGCUGAGGAGAGAAUGUGCAGAUUCUCUAAGCCGACUUGUCGACGAUUUCGAGCGUAACCUACGAAUGCUCGAAAAGGAAGGCGAGAAACCAGAUGCAUGGAGCACGCUGCUGGUGUUCAGGCUAAGCUCGCUGCUGGAUCCAACAACCCUGCGUCAUUGGGAGCUUCACCGGAAGUCUACGACCAUCCCAACGUACAAAGACUUAGUGCAAUUCGUCCGCAACCAUUGCCAUGUACUGAAGUCUUUCUCCAAGCCAGCCAGCGGAGCCAGAACCGGAGACACCAUGCGCAGCAACCCUCGAGUGCAAACCAUCCAUGCUGCGACCAGUGCUGUGAAUAGUGUUGCGUACAACGAAAAGUGCAAAUUGUGCGGUGUUUCAAAACAUUCAGUGUUCCGGUGUGAAUUGAUCAACAAUAUGAGUGUUGCAGAUAGAAAGCAACUAGUGCAGUCGAAAGGAUUGUGCUUCAACUGCCUUUCUCCAGCUCAUCGUUUACGACAGUGUACAUCAAGCGGAUGCAAGAUCUGCCAACAACGGCAUCAUACGUUGCUGCACGAAGCAGCACCAGCAACUGAGGCGUCGGAUGCUCCAGCCACGAGUUCGAUCUGUCCUCCUCAGUCCCUUACCCACUGUUCCAUCCAGAUCGAAAACAGUGUUGUGUUGCUGCAAACCGUGCUGUUCCAGGUAGAGGACAAUCACGGACGAUGUCAUCUAGCACGUGCCUUGCUGGAUUCCGGAGCACAACUCACAUCGUUACCGAGCGCCUUACUCAACGGCUGGGUGUGGCGAAACGGCGAGAGAAUCAUCGCAUCGGAGGAAUCGGAGAAGUUUCCACAGCGAAUACGCAGCGUCCGGAAGUUCCACGUACUCAGCAAGCUCACUCGUGAGCUCCCAUCAACCCGUAUCAACACAAGCAGCUGGCAGAUACCUCGUCAAGUUCAGCUGGCCGAUCCUUCGUUUCACAGUCCUGGCCCGAUCGACCUCAUCAUCGGCGCAGAGCUGUACUACGACGUCGUUAAGGAAGGACUCAUCAAGCUAUCCCACGAAAGAGUGACACUCCAAAACACUGCUUUUGGUUGGGUGAUAGCAGGUAGAGUCAAUGUUCAUGCACCAUCACCAUCUUCAUCCAUCGUUGGACACGUCUGGAGUACGAGCAUCGAAGAGCAGCUGAGCAAAUUCUGGGAGUUGGAGUCAUGCCGAGCUACCAGCACAUUAUCCGUCGAGGAGAGCAACUGUGAGAAACAGUUCGCAGCCACCACCACCAGAGACACCGAUGGUCGAUUCAUCGUGCAGCUACCGAAACGAGAGGACAAGCUGGCUCGUCUUGGGGAUUCGAAAGGGAUAGCCACACGCCGGUUCCUUGCCUUGGAACGUCGGCUAUCCUCGAAUGCCUCAUUGAAGACAGCUUACACAGAAUUCAUCGAGGAGUACGCAGAACUUCAGCACAUGACAGAAGUAGCCGAGAGCGAUGCUACAAUUUCAUCAUCAUCAUACUAUCUCCCACAUCACUGCAUCGUGCGACCAGAUAAAUGUCGAAAUUUGCCCUUGGUAGCAGACAUCGAGAAGAUGUACCGGCAAAUCAACAUAGCUGCCAUCGAUCGUCCGCUGCAACGGAUCCUGUGGCGAAAUUCUCCAACCGAGCCGAUACGAACGUUCCAGCUCAACACCGUCACUUACGGCACAUCAUGUGCUCCGUAUUUGGCCACCAAAACCCUGCAAGUGCUAUCUCAGGUCGGAGCUAGCACCCACCCCGAAGCAGCAAUCAUCCUCGGACGAGACUUCUACAUGGACGACAUGCUGACUGGCGUAAACAACAUUCCAGAGGGUCAACGAGUAUGUCAGCAACUUAUCGAUCUCCUGGCUUCUGGUGGAUUCUGCUUGCGGAAAUGGGCCACCAACAACAGGCAGAUCUUUGAACAUCUGCCCCAGCAUCUGCAAGAUGAAAGGACGAUUCUCAACUUGGAUGCGAAGUCACCGAUCAUCAAGACACUCGGACUGAAGUGGAACGUUUCCACCGACGCCUUUGUGUUCAACAUCCCACGCUGGAACGCAGACAACAUCAUCACCAAACGAAACGCGCUUUCGCAUGUCGCGAAACUGUUCGACCCAAUCGGACCGGUUGGACCAGUUAUCAUCCAAGCCAAGCUGUUCCUUCAAGAGCUGUGGAAAUGUCAGAUCACCUGGGACGAACCGUUAACACCAGCACUACAAAACCGAUGGCUCCUUUUUCGCGAGAAGUUGGCCAUGCUGCAAACGAUUCACAUUCCACGCUGGCUCUUAACCGAUCAACGAGCAACGAAUCUACAAUUGCAUUGCUUUUGUGAUGCAUCCGAGAAGGCGUACGGAGCGGCGAUUUACCUGCGUUCGACCAACACCGAUGGACGUGUGACAACCAACCUCAUCACUGCAAAAUCCAAGGUGGCACCACUAGCAGACUCCCGUAAGCAAAAGCGUGUUUGCUUACCCCGACUGGAGCUUUCUGCAGCACUGCUACUGGCACACUCGUACGAGAAGGUGUCAGACGCCUUGAAGCUUCAGGUCGAGACCAUCUUUUGGUCUGACUCAACCAUCGUCCUGCAUUGGUUGUCUGCAACUCCGUCACGCUGGAAAACCUUCAUCGCUAACCGGGUGUCCGAGAUCCAACACAUCACUCACGGCAAGGAGUGGAGACACGUACCCGGAACGGACAAUCCUGCGGACAUCAUCUCUCGAGGAAUGGAUGCGGAUCAGCUGGAAAAUUCAACCCUUUGGUGGCACGGACCAGACUGGCUGGCGCAACCAUCAGAGGAAUGGCCGAACACUCAUCAACCUCGACAGGAAGAAUUCACCACGGACGAAUUGGAGGAGCGACCAAUCUGCAUGGCUGCACAAUCCGUGGCUCCGAACGAACUUUUUAGCCUCCGUUCAACGUUCACCGGACUGCAACGUCUGGUUGCGUGGCUAAGAAGAUUCCGACACAACACAAAUCCUGCUAAUCAUCAACAACGCAGACUGGAUCAUCAUCUCAGCUUGGAGGAACUAGCCGAAUCUACACUGUGUCUAGUUCGCCUCGCUCAAGCUGAAUCAUUCCCAGAAACAUCAAACAUCUAUCGAAAGGCGAUUCGUGCUGACCCCGGUCACUUCCUCAUUCAUCGCCCCAUCGUAUCCCUGGCCGAACCAUCGCUGGAAAAGCUGCCGUUCAACCGUCUCGAUCGCUGGCAAAAGGUGCAAGAGUUUGUCCGUCGACUAUGGAAACGCUGGUUAACAGACUACUUGUCCGGACUACAGCAGAGAACCAAGUGGACCAAGCAGAAGGACAACGUGAAGCUGGAUACCAUGGUGCUGCUGAAGGAGGACGGUCUACCUCCAUCGAAAUGGUGUCUUGGCCGCGUCACGCAGAUCAUCAAGGUAGCUGACGACAACAUCCGAGUGGUCAUCGUCAAGACGAAAGAUGGAGACUUCAAGCGUUCCAUCUCUAAAAUCUGCGUUCUUCCCACCGACGAGCCAUCAAGUUCAUCCUAG